AUGAUCGGCUCUGCUCGGGGAGAGGAUGUCUUUUCCACCAUACCCAUCACUUACGACCUGUUGUGCACCCCACCAUACACGGCUGCCGUACACCUCUUGUCGCUUCUCGACCUGAUCGUGUGGCCUGUCGACUUGUGGUUGCGAGAAGACCGCCCAGUAUCACGAACGCGUUCCGGCGAGUCCGGUGAGGACCUCGACCUCAACCGAUGUUUACGCCAGACGCAGACGAAGCGGAGUUCCGACGUCUAA